AUGGGUCAGGAACCCGAAUACGUGAUAACUGGUACUCAUCCGUACCCUUCAGGUCCAGGAGUGGCACUGACAGCAGAUACACAGGUGCAGAAAAUGCCAAGUGAAGCAAGCAGUCGUGCGUUGGCUUUGAUAGUUCCACCUUCAAAAGCCAGGCAAGAAGCUACCCAUACUGCUGCCAGUGUUGCUGAUAUCCACAGACAAGCAGGCAUUCCUGAACGUUCACAGCCCCCAGUGUCUUCCAUGAGUCUACUGGAAGCUGGAGGCACAAAGAAUUCCUCACAAAUUGCAAGGAAACUUCCUACAAUGCCGAAACCUCAAUGGCAUCCACCUUGGAAACUGUACAGAGUCAUCAGUGGGCAUUUGGGCUGGGUGAGAUGUCUAGCGGUGGAACCUGGAAAUCAAUGGUUUGUAACGGGCUCUGCUGAUAGAACUAUUAAGAUCUGGGAUCUAGCCAGUGGUAAACUGAAGCUAUCAUUGACUGGGCACAUCAGCACUGUUCGCGGGGUGGCAGUCAGUUCACGCAGCCCAUAUCUUUUUUCCUGUGGAGAGGAUAAGCAGGUGAAGUGCUGGGAUCUGGAAUAUAACAAGGUUAUUCGUCAUUAUCAUGGACAUUUAAGUGCAGUGUAUGGGUUAGAUUUACAUCCGACUAUCGAUGUCUUGAUAACUUGUGGCAGAGAUUCAACAGCAAGGGUAUGGGACAUACGGACUAAAGCAAAUGUACAUACGCUAUCAGGGCACACGAAUACUGUAGCAACUGUGAAAUGCCAAGCUGGAGAACCACAAAUUAUUACAGGAAGCCAUGACACAACUAUCCGGCUCUGGGAUUUGGUAGCAGGGAAAACUAGAGUCACGUUAACCAACCAUAAGAAGUCUGUUCGUUCUCUAAUUCUGCAUCCAAGACAGUAUACCUUUGCUUCUGGUUCUCCAGAUAAUAUAAAACAGUGGAAGUGUCCAGAUGGAGUUUUUAUUCAGAACCUACCUGGCCACAAUGCUAUCAUCAACACACUUUCUGUCAACUCAGAUGGCGUACUAGUAUCCGGAGCGGACAAUGGAACUAUGCACCUUUGGGAUUGGAGAACUGGAUACAACUUUCAGCGAAUACAUGCUGCCGUGCAGCCAGGCUCCUUGGACAGUGAAUCUGGGAUUUUUGCAUGCACCUUUGACCAGUCGGAAAGCAGAUUACUUACAGCAGAAGCUGACAAAACAAUCAAAGUCUACAAGGAAGAUGACAUGGCUACUGAAGAAACUCAUCCUGUCAACUGGAAACCAGAGAUCAUCAAAAGGAAAAGAUUCUAAGUGACUUUCACUUACAAUUCGUAACUGCCAGAAUGCUGUAUUUUAAUACUUGUAUAUUUUUUACUUCAGUUAUCUGCUGUACCUCCCCAUCCUCCCUCACCCCUCCCUAGAGCUAAGAAGGCCACAUUUCUCUUGCACCAGCAGUGUCACUUCGCAAUUUGUUGCCAGUCCAAUGGAUAAAUUGGUUUUUUUAAUUUCUAUUUUGCAAUUUUCCUGCAUGGCACUGUCAUAAGAUAACAUCCUGACAAUUUGUGGUACAAUAUUAAUGUGGUUUCUUAAAGUUUUUUUUAAUUCUUGCUUUUUUGUUCCCAACUGAUGAAGUUUAUCUGGUUUUACAUUACAUUUCUACAAUAAAUUGUGAAAAUGCGUGACAAUGA